CAGUUAAGUGCCUUGCUCAAGGGCACAUCGACAGAUGUUGUCACGUGGUUUAUUCAAACCAGGGACUUUUCGGUUAAUAGCCCAAAGCUUUAACUGCUAGCUACCUGCCGCCCACUGACCUGAAAAACAGGUGUUAAGAGAAAUUUAGAAUUCGCUCCACCAGGUGCUUCGUGUAGGGCAGACUACCGCCCCACUGACGGAUUUCAGACAAAACAGACCUUGAACGCUGGUAUUUACACUCUAUGACUCCCAGGUAAACAGUCUGUUUGUUUCAAUAUCUUGAGAGUUCUCCGUUUGAUUUUGUUUCCAACUAAUACAUUACCCCACUGCUGCAAAGGUGAGCGAGAUGCGUGGGCGAUAUAAAAGUAAGGAGAACGCGGGCAGUGAAUGCAUCCAUGCUUUUGAGGGGAAAUGGGACAUUGGAAACGGGCUGUUUGGGAGUUACGACUCACCUAUGCCUGGAGUACCUGCCAGCUGCUCGGAGGGGCCAAAUUCCCCAAAUGGAGGUAUCCUGACAAGUUUGGACGACGGGAAUGGGCCUUCGACAAUGAAUUCUUCUUUGACAGGUCCAAAGCGCUCCAACUAUGACGGUGAGAAAAGGUACCUGGGAGUCAGGGUCAAAAUGCCUGUGAGAGACAUGCUUAAUAAGAUUCGCAUUGCGAAGGGAAUGGCCCCAAAAAAUAUCCAGGGCAACUGCGGCAAGGCAUUGAAAGGAGAGAAGAAACGGGUAAAUACCAAUAGAGAUCGCAGAAGUAGCAAGAGAAAACAACCUACAAAGAGCCUGGAGGAACUCGCCAUAAUAGUGGAGGUAUUGGAGGAGGAUCUCAAAGCCAGCAAGCCAUACAGCCAGUCUAACACGUCUGAGUCACCUGAUUACAGCCCAGAGCCCAAUGUGCAACCAUGGAAUAGUCCAGAGCAACUCCAGCAUAGCCACUCAAUGAAGUUCAGUCAGGAAAACAAGAUGCCACAACAAGCCACAAACUACUGUAUGUCAGAGCUCAAGCUAUCCCGCUCUGCAGACAAUCACAAGACUAGUGUUCCUCCGCUGAACUCCCAAGGACGGUGUAUCAACGACGAAUCCGACAAUAUGAUGCCCAGUCCAGAUUCAUAUAUGACUUACUCCCCCAGCAGCACCAGUGAAUGUCAAGUGCCAUCUCCCCAAUAUUCGGUCUUUGCUAGCCCCCUGUCCUCCAGCUAUGAGUUAGGUCAGGAUGGAGGUAGUGACUACCAGGAUAGCUUUAGCCCCCAGUGCCAGGAUAGCUUUAGCCCCCAGUGCCAGGAUAGCUUUAGCCCCCAGUGCCAGGAUAGCUUUAGCCCCCAGUGCCAGGAUAGCUUUAGCCCCCAGUGCCAGGAUAGCUUUAGCCCCCAGUGCCAGGAUAGCUUUAGCCCCCAGUGCCAGGAUAGCUUUAGCCCCCAGUGCCAGGAUAGCUUUAGCCCCCAGUGCCAGGAUAGCUUUAACCCCCAGUGCCAGGAUAGCUUUAGCCCCCAGUGCCAGGAUAGCUUUAACCCCCAGUGCCAGGAUAGCUUUAGCCCACAUUGGCUCAGCUACAUGUGCCAGAAUUGGAACAGCACAGCAUACUUCUGGAACCAGCUCCAGAGGGAGGAGCGAUUACUGACGGGGGUCUCUGAUACAGAGGUUCUGGCCACAGACAGGAACGGAAGGACAGCUCUCCACAGAGUUGUGGGUCAAGGCAAGAGGGCCCUGGGAUAUGCGAUUGCCAAAAGGAUGGCAGCUCUGAACAGGCUGGAUGUCAAAGACUCAGAGGGAAAGACUGCACUUCACCUGGCUGCCCAGAAGAACCAACACCUGAUGGUGGCUGAUCUGAUUCACCUUGGUGCAUGUGUGAACGAGAAGGACAGGAGUGGAAAGACAUGCCUGCACCUCAGUGUUGAGAAUGGAUACAUUCGAGUUCUGGAGGUUCUGAAAAAUAUGAUGAAAGAAGGGAUUUAUGUAGAUGUCGAAGCUACAGAUAAUUAUGGACUCAGUGUGUUUCAGUGUGCAGCAGUGGCUCUGAACGUCACCGUGCGAGAGCUGGAGAGAAGUGUGGCCCCUAGUCAGAUGAGACUCCACACACUGCGCAAGGAGCAGAUGAUGGAGACACUGGGGUAUCUGCUGCAAAUGGGAAGCUACCAUCACACUCUGGGGAACUACGUGACUUAGAUGGUGUCCAUCCACACAGCUGUUCCUUAUGAAAUUAUGUGUGCAUCUGCCAAGCAAGGCAUGCCAGAGAACUGACAGUUAAUGUUUCUGAGUUGUUACAAGCUUGAACUUGUCUUGGAGAAAGGCCAAUGUGGUUUAGAAAGCCUUUAAUUACCUAUCUUUUUGUUACGUGGCUUUAAAGUGAGAGGCUUUCUUCAAGGCAAGGUACAAGUCUUAUGUAAAGCAUCCAAAGUUUUAUGUAAGCUGAAACACAAUUGUAAAUUGAGUGUUUUUGUGGCUUGCGUUUAAGACUUUGGUUGCACAUUAGCUGGUUUCUGUGAAACUUCCACUGUUUGUUACAUUAAAGUAACAAAAUGUUAAUGCAAGUUAAGCUCAAUGUUAUUUGGUGAAUGUGUUAUUGGUGUUGUAUGUAAUACAACAAGGGAGUCAAAUUCUUUCAUACUUACGUCUUGGAGGGAAAGUGAUAAUGUUCAAAGCAGCGAGUUUGGCCGGAAAGUAGACACCAAGUCGCCAGCAUGUUGUUACACGGUUGAAAACUUUAUUGUGUGUGUGUGUGUGUGUGUGUGUGUGUGUGUGUGUGUGUGUGCGCGUGUGUGUAUAUUUUUCUUCUGUAAUAAAUAUCAAGGUUAUCAACAAUAUUCUUAUAUGUGUAUAGGCCUAUAUGUUGAAUGUACAUUAAAGGUGCAAUCCAUAAGUUGGUCUCAGCUGAUGGAGGGUCAUUGCAAGUGCAAAACAAAAAAAGUAGGGGAACAGGCACAUUAAUUGGCUUAAAUCAAACCACAUUGUACUUUGUGGCAUUUCCACAGGAGACAAAGAAUUAGCAUUUUACUGCUUUGUUAUACAUUUUUGUCUGGUGUCGCGUUAUAUUACCAAGAUGGUCAUCUCGUACUAGACACAUUCAAGGCUUGUGGCAAUGUAUGUGGUUACAGGUUUUUGAAAUUGUAUUGAAGUGUCAUUUAAAAAUAUAUAUAUAUAUCUUAAAGACAUUCACAAAAUAUGAUUUACUUUGAACCCAAAAGGUUGCUCUUUAUUUCGCACAGUAAGUCGGAAUUGCUCUUUUUGUAUUGAUGACAGUACGUUCAGAGGGUGGUCAUGUGAACUGGUCCACUGGUACAGGCAUGAAUGUCUGAUCUUUGUUGUUGUUAUGGUGGAGCUUGGGUGUUAACCCUGAAUUCUUUGACUAAAUCCUUUGGCAUUUUAUAAUCCCAUUGAUAUGCUGGCUGUAUUUCGCAUACUUUCCAUACGACAGCAUUUUAUUAGUCCCUGAAAGAACCUAAUUUCUUCACUUAAAAAUAUUUGGUGGUUUGCAUGGCGUUGUUUUUGUAAAUAAUGGUUGUGAUGUAGCUAGCUUCAUUUCAGCUCAAACUAUUUAAAGCUGUUUUUAUGUGCACUUUUUUUUUAUAGUUGUAAUGGUAUAGUUGUUAGUCAUUUUUAUUACACAUAUAGUUGUAAUAGUUGUAAUGGUGUAGUCAUUUUAUUUUUGACUUGCAUUUUUGUCAAACUUUUAUGGUAGGGCUAGUAGUAAUUGUAGUGUUGUGUGGUUGCAGUAGCAAUGUAGCUGUGGCUGCAACAGCAAUCAUAGGAGUUGUGGUAGAAGUAGUGAAAGAUGUGGCGCAAAGAGAGUCGGAGCAGUACUGGCUGGGAUAAUACUUUUAGUAGGAGUUGUAUGGCCUUGGAGUUCAUAGCAUUCAUAUGAAGUUCAUGAAAACCCUUUAUUUUUUUCUAUUAUGGUUUUGUUAUUGUUAUUGUUUCAUACAUGUAGCGCUUUAACAGGGGCUGAAUUGGGACUAUGUAAGUGGUGGAAAUGUCCCUGAUUUCUAUGGAAUAUAUUCAAUUUCGACUCUAUCCUGUCUACUAACAUAUGGUGAUAGAGCUCAAUAAUCCCCAAUUCAACCCCUGGCAUGGAUAUACAGAUGUAGGAUCUUCAUUUUAACCAGUUUGCUACAGCAGGAAAAUAGUCCUGCAUCAACAGGAAAUGGGAAUUAUUAUGUGGAUUAUAAUUAAUGGAAAUGUAUGAAGGGAUACAUUGUUAAUAAGGAAACAUUUCAAAGUAUAAAGGACAAACUUCAGAAUCCUUUUUAAACCUCAAUACACUACACGAUUUACUUUCCUGCAUUGCAGGAAAGUUCUCCUGCAACAGGGUAAACAAAUGAAGAUCCUACACCUGUAAAGUAGCUAUUUUAUCCCACUAUAAAGAGAACAUUAUCUGUAUUCUGGUGUUUGGGAUGUAAUGUUUUAUAUGUAUUUGUAUACAUUUGAUCAAUAUAAUGGAAACUUGUUUUUUUUAAUGAGAUGUAUGCACAACUCAGACCUUUGGAAUUGAUUGGAGAUUUUCAAACUAAAAUAAUCAAGAGAAACACACAGGUCUCAGGUUAGGAUUCAGCUAACCUCGUCCCCAGGCUCCGGGUCAACAGAGAGAGAGCGGGCUGGGGAUGAGAUUAAGAUUCAGUAACAAUAGUCAGGCUAAUAUAGCCAUCCAUGUUCGUUAUUUGUGUGCAAUUCUAAUUUAGACUGGUUGUCUUGAGGCUUUGUUGAUCAACGAAUAAGCUGAAAACUGAUAGGAAUGCAAGCAGCUAUACAUUUGUUUUAGUCUUGCGGGAGGAGGGUUGUUGAACAAAUGAUAGGCUGUCACUCACAUCUUUGGGUUUAGUGAUGCCUGAGUGUAUAAGAUGUUUCUGGUGGUGCACACUUCCUGAAUGGCUACAUAGCUGGUGCACAGCCCCUUAUUAAGUUUAUUCAUGUAUACCACUUUCCCAUGACCUUUAUUAAAUAUCAAAAGCAAUUUUA